UUAAAUCAGAUACACUUUCUCUACUUUCUCGCAGAUAGCUGCACUCACAUUAAGUCCAUUGGCAAGCCUGUGACUCACAACACUAGGCAGUAUCAACAAGGAGCAUGGAUGAAAGAUCCGCUAGGUAUCAUGGGUGCCGAGACCAUAUUCGUUAUGGAGUAUUACUCCGGGAGAAACGAGCUUGAGGAGUUUGCAAACAUGGACAUGUUCAAAGCAGGCAUCGCUCGUAAGAAGUACAAACUGCCUUAUACGUGGGACGGAACAGGAGGAGCGGUGUAUGGACCAAACCUUUACUACAACAGGUAACAGUGUACUCAUCAACUUGUUUUUGUCAAGAUGUAAAUUUGCGCCAGUUGAAUAUGGUCAGCUGGGGAACCAAGGUUUCAAUAUAUAUAUAUAUGACUGGAUUUGUUAAAACGUCGCUAAACUGAAGAAAUUUCAAGUGCAUUUGAACUAUUUGACAUCUAAGUCGAAUGGGAAGCAGUUAAAAGUCACUAGCUGAGGCUAAACAAUGACAGCAUUAUUGCUGGCAAUAGACGGUAAAGUUCUCUCGCAGAAGUAAAAGGAUUUUGCGAUGAAAUAAACAACAUUUGAAACGUCCAGAAAUCUUUUAGUCAGUCAAAACGUGACGCCCAUAGCUCAGUGUCGGCCGAAAACAGAUUAAGAAUCCGCAAUCUUUGAGCACAGAAUAGGCUUUCUGAGACACAUCACCUGAACUAAACACUCACGAAGCGUUUUUAUGCUUGACACAAAGUAUUCUAGUACCACGAGCUCAACCGCACAUACCUGAGAUUUGUCUGUCAACGCUUUCGGUAAAUCACACAAUAAAUGACUUUCGCGGCAAUCACAACACUUCCAAAAACCACUCAUAAUAUUUCCACACUUUACACGGGCGAAACAUCGUCAAAUUACUCCGUAAAACUCUCGCUUUCUCUUCUUUCUUUUGUUCCAAUAAAUUUGCAUAGCCGUUAGCCACGUGAGUAAAAUGCUCUAUACGAGUUCACUUUUGCAUUUAAUACUGAGUAUAUAGAGGUCAUCAUCAUCCAAGUGCGUAACUUAUACAUCUUCUUAAGCUGGCUAGCUUGCCACGCAAUUUCCAAGCACCCUUGCUAGCUAAUACUAACAAAUGCUGAUUUUCUUGUGUUGUCGUGACAGAGCUAAUACGAACAAUAUCGUCGUGUACAAUCUACAAACGGAACGUGAAGUAAAACAGAUAGGUUUGGGCGGAUCAGCAAGGAGGAAUUAUUACCAGUGGGGUGGAUACACCGGAGUUGACCUUGCAGUUGACGAACAAGGAUUAUGGGUUUUAUGGGGCUACAAUGGCAACAGCUACCGAUUGUAUGCACAUAAAAUAGAUGUGUACCGAGGUGUUACAACUUACGGCUGGGGCUUAGGAACAGGUGACUACAGUAUAGCUACACGAUGAAGUGAGAACGUUAUGAAAAAUUCAGUAACGAAAAAUAACUAGGCUAGCGUUGAUGUGUGAUAUUUUUUAAACCUAUUUCUGUAACCUGCUGUUAGUGAGUGAACCAUCAACUCAACAAUUUUUCCGUCCUUCUCGAGAUACGUAUCAAUAGUGCCAGUCCCAUCCAUUUUACACGGAAUAUUAUUCUAUUUCGCAAGUCAGUAUUAUCCUAGUGAAAGUCCCUUGCUACUAUUGGACAUACCGUUUCAUUAUGUUCACUUUUCAUCUCUUUUUCUUAUUUCAGAGAGUAUGAGGUCAAUGGGAAAUGCGUUUAUGGCCUGUGGAGUGGUUUACUGUAUCGACAGCUAUAACUCAAAGUCCACAACCAUCAACUUUGCUUAUGACACCAAGACUGGACGUUCAUGGAACCCCAACAUUCAGUUCACCAAUCAGUACGGCUACAACUCCAUGGUGGACUACAACCCCAGAGAAAGAGUGUUGUACGCCUGGGACAACAGGCGUUUGGUCACUUAUCCCAUCAAAUUUGAGAAACAUUAA